UAUACCGAAAUCAUGACCAUUAAUUACUCAGAUUAGUCCUUGGUUAACACAAGUAGUACUUGUAAUAAUCUAAUCCAAGGAGAUUAGCAUGUUCAUUGUCUAAAACACCCUUCAAGACAACGUAACCACCUGCAACUUUUUGUUCUAUUUGUUUGUCACCCCUUACUAAACCUUUGGCUUUUGGAAACUUGUAGCUGCAACUUUUCCCACUCUUGAAUUGUACAAGAGGAAUUAAGAAAUCAAGAGAUCUCUUUUUUUCUCCUCUCUAGAGGAGCUAGCUGGUUGUCUAGACUCUUUCUGCUGCAACAAACAAACCAGAGUUGUUGGCCUAUUAAUUGCAGAUUCUUCAAACUGAGAGUUAGAGAACGUAAAUUGGAUUUCUUCACUGUUCUAAAGAAAAAGAUGUGGUUAAGAAUUGAUUUCAAGGAAAGGAAAAGAUGGGAUUUUUAUUCUGUCCUACUACAAUGAAUGAGAUUUGGCUUUUGUCUCUGACUUCAGAUAUUAUGUUUUUCUGAAAAUACUCGUUUCUUAAAAUGUCUGGGAUUCAAUCUCAAUUUCAGAGUAGAGAUAAUUCUUUUACUCAUACACCUUCUAUAUCUCCUAUGUUAUCUCCAAUAACUCCAUCAUCAUCAUCAUCUAGCAGUGAACUCAGUCCAGCAAUUGUUUUCAUUAUUGUUAUUGUAGCAGCAAUUUUCUUUAUCUCAAGUUUGCUUCAUUUACUAGUCAGGUAUCUUUCAAAAUAUUCUUCUUCUUCAUCAAUUUCGCAAUCAAAUAGAUACACAGAUUUUAAUAAUUCUGGUUCCGGUGUACUUCAAAGACAACUCCAACAACUAUUCCAUCUCCAUGAUUCAGGUAUUGAUCAAGUUCUAAUUGAUGCAUUACCGGUUUUCCAAUACAAAGAAAUAGUGGGUUCAAAAGAAGCUUUUGAUUGUGCUGUUUGUUUAUGUGAAUUCUCCGAAAAAGAUAAGCUUAGGUUACUUCCACUGUGUAGUCACGCUUUUCAUAUAGAUUGUAUAGACAGAUGGUUAUUAUCAAAUUCAACUUGUCCUCUUUGUAGAGGAACACUUUUUGCUCCUGGACUUUCAGUUGAAAACCCAAUGUUUGUUUUCGAUGAUUCAAGAGAAGAAAAUGAGUUGCAACAUGUACAAGGUGUUAAUGAUAAUGGGUUUUCAUCAAAUCGACAAAAACCUGAAGAAAUUGAAGGGAUUGUUAGAGAAACUACAAAUAUAGUUCAUGUCAAACUUGGUAAGUUUACAAGUAUUAAUAAUGGAGGAGAUAGAGAACAAGAAGGAGAGAGUAGUAACAGUAAUAAUUUGGACGCAAGAAGAUGUUACUCAAUGGGUUCAUUACAGUACAUAGUUGGUAAUACAAAUCUACAAGUUGCAUUAGCUAAUCACAAAGAUGGUAAUUUGAAUGUUGAGAAAGGAAUGGGAAUUGAAAGACAAAAAGGGUAUUCAAUAUUCAACAAUGGAGAUAUAGAAGAAGGGAAGAAAUUGAACAAUAGAAGCAAAGGCGAGAGCUUUUCAGUUUCUAAAAUAUGGCUUUGGUCUAAGAAAGAUAGUAGUAGUAAACUAUCAAGCUCUUCUAAUAAUUUUUUACCCUAAAUGUGUGAAUCCAACAGCAACCACUAUUCAAUGGUAGGAAAACAAGAAAGUUUGGUAUUCAUCCAAUGUAAUCAAUCUUGUUUUGUAUAAUAGUUUUGGUAAACGAUGAGUCGGUGUUUGUUGAAUUGUUUUUUGUUUUGGCGCAAAUUGUUUUCGUUUUCUUCUCUA